UCCGUUCUUACCUGAGCAUUUGCAUGUUUGACCUAGCAGAGUAAUUGGGUCCACAGCAGCAUGGGCGUGCCUCCCUUAGAAACACUUAGUUUCAUGUGUGAGUCAUAAGCUGAAGCAGACACCACUUCCCCAAUCUACAGGAGCCAUUUUAACAGCAGCAAACUCGCCGGAUUGCUUUUUAGUUUCAAGCCCAGAGGACGAAACCUGAAGACAACGUUUAAAGGGACAAGAAGACCCAGUGAAUUAUUUCAGAAAAAAGUACAGGUUUGCUUAGAAUGUCAAUGAACCAAGGAAAUUUGAAGCAUUCUUUUCAUUGAAGAUCACCUUGGUCUGCAGUCACUUCACAGACUUGCCGGAGGGCUUUACCGAGCUACACGGCACGCUCCUGCUCCAACACUGAGUCUGACUGGGACUUCUCUCAUGUGGAUCUAAGGGGAAUGCUUUACUAUGGCUACUGUGCUCCAACAGAACGACCUAGUGUUUGAAUUUGCAAGUAACGUCAUGGAGGAUGAACAGCAGCUUGAUGAUCCUGCUAUAUUUCCUGCUGUCAUUGUGGAGCAUGUUCCUGGUGCUGAUAUUCUCAAUAGCUAUGCCGGCCUAGCCUGUGUGGAGGAGCCUAAUGACAUGAUUACUGAAAGCUCAUUGGAUGUUGCUGAAGAAGAAAUCAUAGACGAUGACGAUGAUGACAACAUUACCCUUACAGUUGAGGCUUCUUGUCAAAAUGGAGAGGAAACAAUGGAGACCAUUGAGGCUGCUGAGGCACUCCUCGAUAUGGACUCUCCCGGCCCUAUACUGGAUGAAAAGCGAAUAAAUAAUAAUAUAUUUAGUUCCUCUGAAGAUGACAUUGCUGCCCCAAUCACCCAUGUGUCCGUCACGUUAGAUGGGAUUCCUGAAGUGAUGGAAACUCGGCAAGUGCAGGAGACAAGUGCAGACUCCCCAGGAGCCUCAUCCCCAGAACAGCCUAAAAGAAAGAAAGGAAGAAAAACAAAACCACCACGGCCAGAUUCCCCAGCCACCACACCAAAUAUAUCUGUGAAAAAGAAAAAUAAAGAUGGGAAGGGAAACACAAUCUACCUUUGGGAGUUUUUACUGGCUCUGCUUCAGGACAAAGCUACCUGUCCUAAAUACAUCAAAUGGACACAGCGAGAAAAAGGCAUUUUUAAACUGGUUGAUUCUAAAGCGGUGUCUAGAUUGUGGGGGAAGCACAAAAACAAGCCUGAUAUGAACUAUGAGACCAUGGGAAGAGCACUCAGGUACUAUUACCAAAGAGGUAUUCUUGCUAAAGUGGAAGGUCAGCGCUUGGUGUAUCAGUUUAAAGAAAUGCCCAAAGACCUUAUAUACAUAGACGAUGAAGACCCAAGCUCCAGCAUAGAGUCUUCAGAUCAGCCCUUAUCAUCAACAACCACAUCAAGCCGCAGUCAAGCAAACCGAUCAAGAGUGUCUUCAAGUCCAGGAAUAAAAGGAGGGGCCACCACAGUUCUAAAACCUGGGAAUUCUAAAGCUACAAAACCCAAAGAUCCCAUGGAUGUCGGACAACCAUCAGAAGUUCUGAGGACAGUGCAGCCCUCACAGUCUCCCUUUCCCACGCAGCUCUUCCGGACUGUUCAUGUAGUACAGCCAGUACAAGCCAUCCCAGAAGGAGAAGCAGCCAUAACCAGCACCAUGCAGGAAGAAACAGCAAAUCCUUCAGUUCAGAGUAUUAGGACGAUACAGGCUUCAACCCAGGUUCCGGUAGUCGUUUCUCCCGGCAACCAGCAGCUGCAUACAGUCACCCUCCAGACAGUGCCACUCACAACAGUGAUAGCCAGCACAGACCCGUCCACAGGUGCUGGGUCACAGAAGUUUAUUUUACAAGCCAUUCCAUCAUCGCAGCCCAUGACAGUACUGAAGGAGAACGUCAUGCUUCAGGCGCAGAGGCCGGGCUCGCCUCCUUCGCUUGUCUUUAGCCCUACCCAUGUACAGCAGGUCCUUACCAGGAAUGUUCAGUCCAUUUGCAACGGAGCUGUCAGUAUGGAUUCAUCUCCGUCCUUCAGUGCUACACCUGUGGUGACCCUGUCUCGAGGUUCACAGCUGGUUGCACACCCACCUGGCACUGUGAUCACUUCUGUUAUCAAAGCUCAGGAAACAAAAACUCUUAAACAAGAGGUGGAGAGAAAGGUUGAAGAUGAUUUGAAUGAAGACACAGAGAAAACUGAACAGCAACCACAGCCUUAUGUGAUGGUGGUAUCCAGUCCAAACGGGUUUCCCUCUCAGGUGGCCAUCAAACAGAAUGAACUGCUAGAGCCCAGCUCUUUUUAAUUAAUGCACCAAAGGAAUUAUGGGUGGUUAUUUUUUUUUAAUUGAACUCACCUUUCGGUUAUCCGAACAUAACAUGAUUUUUUUUCCCUAAGUCCACAGAAGUUAUAAAUUUUAUAACUGUUAAUACAGUUACUUCUGACUUGGCAAGAUAAGGAGGAAAACCCAAGCGUUUCUCCUCUCUAAAUGUUUCAGAUCUCAGUGUGAAGGGGCAGGAAGUUUAUACGAUGAAGACACUCUUGAGAUUUUUUUCCUUUGCUAUAUCAUAUGAGUAUUUUUAAAGCUUCUUUUCUAACUUGACACUGUAUUAGCUUCCUGAUUGUUUGUAAAUACUACUUAAGUAUAAAUAAACAGGAAAUUUAUAUAGGAAAUAUUUUCAUUCCACUUGUAUAAUUUAAGUCUUGACCCUUUUAGAUGCAAGAGACUUAUUUUAUACUAUUAAAAUUAUUGUAAUGUCACUUAGCUUGACUUUAGUUUGCUGCACUGUUUCAUAUACUAUGAAUUUGUAAAAUGACAUAAAUUGAAAUGUAAGGCCAGUGUAUUGGUGUACAAUUGUAAUCCUAGCACUUGGAAGGUGGAUGAAGGGCUAUCAGGAGUUCAAGGCCAGCCUUAGCUACAAAGUGGGUCUGAAGCCUGGCCUGGGCGACACGAAACCUUUCAAAACAAA